AAGGAUUAUACUCGAUGGUAUAAUCCAGUCAACAUCAGUGAAGGAAUGAAUGUAUUUACCAAGGAUUGGAUUUCAUACUUUACAUAGAAUGGUAAGCGUAAAGUUACUUGAAUUCCUUCGAAAAAUGUUAAGCGAACGAGAAUAUCUAUAUACUAGCCAUGAUCAAGCCUAUAGAAGAGCGUCGGGCACCUUGCCUUGCGUUAAUAUAUAUCUUCUAUUUUAACCAUGCUGGUUCCAUUGGUGUUACUAAAUCAAGGUGCAUCGCGAGCGGUGUUUUCGGGCUUCG